GCCCAGCCUCCUCCCUCUGCUCAGGAUGAGGGAGGAGGAGCGGCACAUCAGUCGGCAACAGGAAGCCCAAACGACUGUGCCGCCUCUUCCUCCUCCUCUGCACCCCACGAACUCCACUCCAUGGCCGCCACCGCCAUGGUUGCGAUUACUAAUUUAGGCUGCCGCCAUGACCCGCUCUCCUCCCUUCCCCGCGCCACGUCGGCGCCCGCCCGCUCCUGUACGCUUCCUCCUCGCCGCCGCCGAUGCAGACCGCUCACUCCCCGUUCUUCUUGCUGCUCCCCGCCUUCCUCCUCCGUCUCUCCGCGCCGGGUCCUCCGGCCAACAGCAGCACUGAAGCGCAUCCCUGCCGGCGACACCAGCUUCGUGGGUCCAGCCAAUAAUGACGCCACCACGCUUAACCACCGAUCGUCAUCGUCCGACCUUCGCCGAAGUCUGAUCAUCCCCAACUCCACCGCUAGCACCGGACACGCCACUGCUUCCUCAGGAGUGCUCCCCUCUAUUCUUGGGGUGGCACAUCUGGCUGUGUCGCUGGGCAUUAUGCUCGCCGCCGACAAGUUCCUCAAAAAGGCAUUCGUCGCCGCGGGCAUCAAGUUCCCAAGCGCCCUCUUCGGCAUGUUCUGUGUCUUCUCCGUGCUGGUCGUCUUCGACAUAUUCGCGCCUCCUGUCGCCAAGGCGUUCAUGAACUUCUUUGAGCCUGCCACAAUGUUCAUCAAGAGGUGGCUACCCGUGUUCUACGUCCCGACGCUGGUCGUGUUUCCGCUCGCCAUCACGGAGAUCCCAGCGGCUUCAGCGCUCAAGAUUUUUGCAAUCACUUGUAUGUAUUAUUCUCGUUCUCGAUCACAUUUUUCAUUUCAUCAGAACAUUAAUAAACUGGAACGGCUACUUUUAUACUGUUUUUGUUUUGAUUUGAUUUUUCCCGCUUUUUCAGUUGGUGGCUGGUUUGCUACCCUCACGGUUGCAGGAUAUACAGUGUUAGCUGUGAGAAACCUUGUGAAAACAGAGCUUAUUCCAGAUACAGAGCCUGUGAGCAAGCCGUCGCCAUUUUCUACGUCGGAAAUCUGGUCAUGGACUGCUAUAUUCGUCGCAUCAUUUGGUGUUGCAUAUUUCAAUCCCACGGCACUUGGUACCACCGCAAAAACAUGCCUUCCUUUCCUGCUUGCUGCUAACGUGCUGGGAUACAUGGUUGGUUCUGGGUUACCAGCUGGUGUCAAGAAAGUGUUGCAUCCAGUCAUCUCCUGCGCACUUUCUGCAGAUUUGGCGGCAGCAGCGUAUGGGUACCUCUCCGGGUCUGGAUUUGAUGCUGUGCUAGGUGAUUACCUCACAAAGGCGGCCUCUAAUCCUGGAGCCGGUGACAUACUGAUGGGUUUCCUUGGGUCUGUGAUCAUAUCAUUUGCAUUCUCCAUAUUCAAACAGAGAAAGCUUGUAAAGAGGCACGCAGCAGAGAUUUUCACAUCAGUUGCCAUUGGAGCUACAUUCUCUCUGUACUCAACUGCUAUCAUAGGGCGCCUGGUUGGGCUAGAGCCAUCGUUGACCAUAUCCAUGCUGCCAAGGUGUAUUACUCUGGCGCUGGCUUUGAGCAUAGUAUCUUUCUUUGAAGGAGUAAACUCUUCAGUAACUGCUGUCGUGGUUGUCCUUACCGGGCUCCUCGGUGCCAAUUUUGUGCUAGCAGCAAUGGAGAAACUUCGUCUGAACGACCCCAUCUCCAGAGGAAUAGCGACAGCUGCCAGUGCUCAAGGACUGGGAACAGCAGCACUGUCAGCCAAGGAACCCGAAGCACUCCCUUUCUGCGCCAUCUCUUAUAGUUUCACGGGAAUCUUUGGCUCGCUGAUUUGCUCGAUUCCAGCAGUCAGGCAAAGCUUGAUAUUCAUAGCUGGUUAAUAGCAGGUCAUGAUGAUCUGAAUUUUAGGAUUUGAUGCUGUAGAUAAAAGAAGCCGCUUUCUCCGUGUAAAAGAAGUCAUGUUCAGAAGAUGAAGAAGCAACGCCCCACAUGUUGGGUCAGGAUCUAUUAUGUGUAGGGGCUUGAAAAAAGGUGAAUAGUUCCGUAAUCAGGAUGUAACUAAAAUACUACAUUUUUUGUGACAAAAUACUACUACUAGAGCAAGAUGGAUUCAUUAUUUGUUUGAUA